CGAGUGAGGUUUCCGGUUUCUGUUGCGAUGACUUCCUGCUGGUCCGUUCGCGUCUAAAACAAGAAAAUAUAAACGGGCUUGAGAGCUGUUCAGCUUUCUACGUAGACGCAGACACGGAGUUCGCAGGGAAAAUAUACGCAGUUUGUCUGUUUGCGUGUCUGCUAGUUUGCUCGCUGAGUAGCCUAGAGAUGUGCACGCAGACGAGGGCCGCGGCUCUGAUGGCCAACAUACCGCGGGUGGACAUCGACCCGUCCGGCGUUUUUAAGUACGUCCUGAUCCGAGUGCACAGCAAAGAGGAGGGGGACGACUCGGAGAUAGAUAUAGUCCGAGGAUACGCCUGGGCCGAGUACCACGCUGAUAUCUAUGAUAAGGUGUCGGAGGAGCUGGAAAAGGGCGGCCACCUGGACUGUGAGUGUGUCGGAGGAGGGAGGAUCAGCCACGACCCCCAGGCCAAGAAGCUCCACGUCUACGGAUACUCGAUAGGAUUUGGAAGAGCAAACCACGCUGUAGCUACUGAGAAACUGAAGGCUCAGUAUCCAGAAUAUGAGGUGACCUGGGACAAUGAAGGAUACUGAACUGACCUAAGAUCAGCCUCUGGCGGGCGCCCUUUCUCCUGGACUGACAUGUCACUUAUCUGUAACCCCCUCAUUAGGAACCACACAGAGCCCGAUAAGAAGCUCUUUGAUACCACAUUGAUAAUCCAAGACUAAGACUGACGAACAGCGACGGGUCUGAUUAGAAGACGAGCCUUUUUUUGGGCGGUGGGGGGGGGGGUCGAUUUUUAUGUUACAGUAAAGUAAAGAAAUAGCAAACACUCUACUUGGAUCUAAAACAAAUGCACGGUUGUCUUCUUCUAAUGUGAAUGAAUAACUUGUCCUGACACGCAGUCCCUCACCGACUUGUUGUAGAGUCACAUAGCCUCGCAAAUAUGACCUAAUCACUAAGAUAUGUUGGAACUGUAGAUGCUUUUGUUGUGAUGUAUGUUUCAUAAAUGUUUCCUAAAAACUGCUUUUAAA